AUGGCAGCCCAACCCCAAGGGGAGGAGGGACAAGCAUCCAUUGUGGGGAUACCCCCACCUAUGUCUGGCCCCUCUGGAGGUGCUCCAGUGCUGCAGGAGUGGAUAGCAGAUGCUCCUUUGGGCUCAACUCCAGUGCCCAAUGUCUCUGAACAAAGGCCCAUGCCAAGCUUCCAAGCUCAGUCCUCCACAAGGACACAACCUCCUUGCAAGGAAAAAGGGGCCAAGCCCUCAGGUGGGAAGUCUAGGGGCAUUCCCAAGCUACCACCAAAUGCCCCUCCCCUCAACAGCUCUGUCAAAGCUUGGAGGGAGUUCAUCAACAAAGAACAGAGGCACCAUCACUGGGGUGAAGAUGAAGUCAGCCCAGUUGAAGGUGCAUCACAUCCCUGGGAUGCAUAUCUCACUGCUAAUGGGGUCAGUGCAUAUGAUGCUGAUGACAUGCUACAAUGGGCUCGACAAGCCAGUCAAGAGUAUGUCAACAGCAUCAUUGCAAAUGGAGGGGAGAAUAACCCUCAGGUUAUGGCAAAAAUUGAGCCCCUGAGGGAGGCUCUCACCAAACCUUGCCCCCCAAGCGAUGUCAGAUCAAGGGAGUGGUAUGAGCAUCAGGCUCAAGCCAUUGGUUAUGGGCUGAUGAUCAGCAGAUCAUCUCCACAUUUGCCUCUGCAGCAUUUAUCUAAAACCUUCCCCACUGUCCUUGUGGGGGAGCAUCCACUGUCAGGGGAAACCCCCCUGCUAAAGACUCUGAGCCUGAGGAGGGUGAAAUGA